AUGCAACCCUUCACCUUCGUCCUGGCCACCGUCUUCGCCGCCACGGUAACGGCACAGGGUUGCCAUUUCUGGGUUCGAGAGAAGUCGACCGGGAAGAAUGUGUUGCAGAAGUGUCUCCAAAAGAAUGAGGGGACAACCGCCUUGAUCAAUGGCGCAUCAAGCGUGUACCUCCAGGCCGACUCCAACUGCCGGGUGACGGUAAGCAAUACCGGAUACAACACGGCGCCCGUGGGAUUCGACGCUGUAACGCCUGUGCCAAUAUCGUGGCAAUUUCUGGUGUUCUUGCGAAGUUCAUUUGUAAUUUCCUUUUCCCACCAGGUACAUACAAUUGCGAAGCGAACGGCGUUGAGCGGGGGAAGGAUUCGGGGUCGCCAGGGCCAACCUGCUGCCGGAUAG